AUGCCUGUGAAGUGUCAAGUCUGUCCCCAGGAGUGCCGUUCGCAGGCUGCGCUCACCAUCCACAUGCGCACCCACACCGGGGAGAAACCAUUCGAAUGCGACGUGUGCCACAAACAGUUCCCUGUGAGCGGCAGGCUGAAGUACCACAUGCGAACGCACACAGGUGAAAAGCCUUUCGAGUGCAGCGUCUGCUUCAAAACCUUCCCUCACGCCGGUGAUCUGAAAAGCCAUCUUCGAUCUCACACUGGAGAGAGGCCUUUCGAGUGCGCUAUGUGCCAAAAGACGUUCCUACACUCAUCCAAUCUACGAUCACAUUUGCGCACCCACACUGGAGAGAAACCAUUCCAAUGCACUGUGUGCGAGAAGAGUUUCUCUCAAUCUUCCUCCUUGGAGGUGCAUCGUUUGCGAAUGCACUCGGAAGUGCAACCCUUUGAGUGUACUGUGUGUCGCAAGGCUUUUGCGCGGAGUUCGGAUCUAAGUAUUCACCUGCGUACUCAUGAUGAGCGCACGAAGGAAAAGUCGUUCGAGUGCACGGAGUGCUCUCGGGCGUUCUCCCGAAAGGACUACCUGGUGUUGCACCUGCGAACCCACACAGGGGAGAAACCAUUCGAAUGUUCUGUGUGCAAACGACGUUUUGCCCACAGUAUAAGUCUGCGGUACCAUAUGCGAACCCACACUGGAGAAAAACCGUUCCAGUGCAGCCUGUGCCCGAAGGCUUUCACUCAAUCUGGCGCCCUCCGAGGCCAUCUGAGGACGCACACUGGAGAGAAGCCCCACGAGUGCGGCGUGUGCCACAAGAAGUUCUCUGGGGCCUCCAACCUGAAGACGCACAUGCGAUCUCACACGGGGGAAAAACCUUUGGAGUGCACCGUGUGCGGGAUAAAAUGCAUACACGGUAGCGAUCUACAGAGGCAUCUUAGGACACACACGGGAGAGAAACCGUUCAAGUGCAGCGUGUGCUCCAGGGCGUUCUCUGCGUCAGGUUCCCUCACUGUGCACAUGCGAACCCACACCGGGGAGAGGCCGUUCCCUUGUGAAGUGUGCGACAAGAAAUUUCGCCGAGCUGCACAUCUACGUGUACACCUUGUGACUCACACCAACCAAAGGGACUUGAAGUGUACCCUGUGUCCAAAGAAAUUCACGACUCCAGUGACAUUACGGCUUCAUCUUCGAAUCCACACUGAAGAGAAACCGUACGAGUGCACCGUAUGCGACAAGAAGUUUUCUCACUCGGGCAGCCUGGUUACUCAUCUCCGAACUCACACAAGAGAGAAGCCCUUUGAGUGCACUCUGUGCCCCGAGACGUUUACGCGUAGUGAUUACCUGCGUGGACAUCUCCUUAACCACAAUGGAGAAAAGCCCUUUGAGUGCAAAGUGUGCCACAAGAGAUUUGUGAGGUCUUCGGCUCUGAGUUCACACCUCCGCCAAAUCCACGAUAGUGAGAAACCCUACAAGUGCAGUUUGUGCCCUAAGUCGUUUAUUAAUCUAUCUAUCCUCGGAGUUCACCUGCGAACCCACACUGGAGAAAAACCUUUCAAGUGCAAGUUGUGCCCCAAAAAAUUUGCUCGUAGUAAUGGUCUGCGAGACCAUCUCAAAAACCACACUGAAGUGGAGCCGUUUGAGUGCUCCGAGUGUUUCCAGAUGUUCCCUGAAUUUGUUAAUCUCCAGGAACAUUUUCGAGUUCAUAUCGAAGACAAGUCAUUCAAGUGCACUGUGUGCCUUAGAAAGUUCGCUGAGUCAAGUGAUCUUUUGACACAUCUUCAAACCCACUUAAAAUGA